CAUUGAAUGACUUUGGCUCCAUCACGAAAUUAGCUAGGUUUAUUAAUUUUACUCAUAAACCGCGAGCAUGGAGGCUCUUAUUCCCGUAAUAAACAAGCUGCAAGAUGUUUUCAACACAGUGGGGGCGGAUAUCAUACAGCUGCCGCAGAUAGCAGUUGUAGGGACUCAGAGCAGUGGUAAGAGCUCGGUGCUGGAGAGCCUGGUGGGCCGGGACCUUCUUCCUCGGGGGACCGGCGUCGUCACCAGGCGGCCUCUCAUCCUCCAACUGGUCCAUGUAGAACCUGGAGAUGCCAGGAAACAUGAAGAUGGUAGAGAAGGUGAAGAGUGGGGCAAAUUUCUGCACACAAAAAAUCAGAUCUUCACAGAUUUUGAAGAAAUCAGGCAAGAAAUAGAAAAUGAAACGGAGCGAAUAUCGGGGACUAAUAAGGGGAUCAGCGAUGAUCCCAUUCAUCUGAAGAUAUUCUCUCCUCACGUUGUCAACCUCACGCUGGUGGAUCUGCCUGGCAUCACUAAGGUGCCCGUGGGUGAUCAGCCUAAUGACAUUGAGCUUCAGAUAAAAGAUCUAAUCCUGAAGCACAUCUCCAACCCCAACUGCAUCAUCCUGGCUGUCUCUGCGGCCAACACCGACAUGGCCACCUCGGAGGCUCUGAAGGUCGCCCGCGAGGUCGACCCCGACGGCAGGAGGACCCUGGCUGUGGUGACCAAGCUGGACCUGAUGGACGCCGGCACCGACGCUAUGGACGUGCUCAUGGGCCGAGUCAUUCCUGUGAAACUGGGACUCAUUGGAGUGGUCAACAGGAGCCAGCUGGACAUCAACAAUAAGAAGUCUGUGGCCGACGCCAUUCGGGACGAACAUGCUUUCCUGCAGAAGAAAUAUCCGUCUCUCGCCAGCAGGAACGGAACCAAAUACCUGGCCAGAACCCUCAACAGGUUGCUGAUGCAUCACAUCAGAGACUGCCUCCCCGAGCUGAAGGCCCGGAUCAACGUGCUGGCCUCCCAGUACCAGUCCCUGCUGAGCAGCUACGGGGAGCCGGUGGAGGACCAGAGCUCCACGCUGCUGCAGCUCAUCACCAAGUUCGCCGCGGAGUACUGCAACACCAUCGAAGGCACGGCCAAGUACAUCGAGACGGCCGAGCUGUGCGGCGGAGCCAGGAUUUGUUACAUAUUCCACGAGACUUUUGGCCGGACAUUGGAGUCGGUGGAUCCUCUGGGAGGACUCGGCACCAUCGACAUCCUGACCGCCAUCAGGAACGCAACAGGCCCGCGUCCGUCCCUGUUUGUGCCGGAGAUCUCCUUCGAGCUGCUGGUGAAGAAGCAGGUGAAGCGUCUGGAGGAGCCCAGCCUGCGCUGCGUGGAGCUGGUCCACGAGGAGAUGCAGAGGAUCAUCCAGCACUGCAGCAACUACAGCACCCAGGAGCUGCAGAGGUUCCCGAAGCUGCACGAGGCCAUAGUGGAAGUCGUCACCUCCCUCCUGAGGAAGAGGCUGCCCAUCACCAACGACAUGGUUCAUAACCUGGUGGCCAUAGAGCUGGCCUACAUCAACACCAAACACCCAGACUUUGCAGACGCCUGUGGGAUCAUGAACAAUAACAUAGAGGAGGAAAGGAGAAACAGGAUGAGAGAGCUGCCCUCUGCAGUGCCCAGGGACAAGUCUGCUGGCAGGGGCCCGGCUGGCCUCUCUGGGGCUCCUGGCGAGCCUCCUGCGGGUGGAGCAGACAUGGAGGGGGCCAAGGCCCCGUCAGCCGGGCCCCAGGGGGAGCAGGACGGCACAGGGAACUGGAGGGGGAUGCUGAAGAAAGGAGACGAAGCCCCCAGCUCCAGACCUGGAAGCCCCCUUAGAGGAGCUGUCAACCUGCUGGAUGUGCCUGUGCCAGCUGCCAGGAAGCUGUCGUCACGUGAGCAGCGGGACUGUGAGGUCAUCGAACGCCUCAUCAAGUCUUACUUCCUCAUCGUUCGCAAGAAUAUCCAGGACAGUGUGCCCAAAGCAGUGAUGCACUUCCUGGUGAACCAUGUGAAGGACAGCCUCCAGAGCGAGCUGGUAGGCCAGCUGUAUAAAUUGGGCCUCCUCAACGAGCUGCUCACUGAGUCAGAGGACAUGGCUCAGCGGCGCAAGGAGGCUGCCGACAUGCUACAGGCAUUGCAAAAAGCCAGCCAGGUGAUUGCUGAGAUCAGGGAAACACAUCUGUGGUGAAGAGUGAACCGAGGCAGCUGAACCUGGUUUCUCCUCAUCGUGUCUGAACAUGAAGUUUGGAUUAGUAACCAUGAUAAUGCACUGUUCUGAUCCCUGCUCAAAGUAGGUCUCCUCGGCUUACAAGCCAACAGAAAGAAAUGUAAGUUAAUCGUUUAUUUAAAAUGCUCAGUGUUGUCUAGAAUAUGUGAAAAUGCGCUGCUUCUGUUAGUUACUGCAGUUGCCACCCACGGUUUCUGGAGUGCAGCAAAGGUACUUUCAGUUUGUUGCCUCCACUGCACUAAGGUAACCUUUCCAGUUCUAGGUUAUAUAAGAAAAGUAAAACAUUUAUCUCCCCAUCUGUAACAGUUUCAUACAGGAGUAGCUGUCAGAAACCAUGAAACCUCAAGUCAUAAUGUAACCAGCAGGGAUCAGUUCACUAGAUGUUAGUCCUGCAUCACUUUAUUUUCUGCACUGUUGUCCCGACACUGUACUUGUAUAGAAAGCCCAUCAUCCUGUCACUAUUUUGCCACCAGAAGCUUUUAUUUAUUAAUGUGUUAUUUAAAAAGGAUGUCGAGCACUGCUUGCUGCGGUAAGUCCUGUCAUGUUUACAUAUCUGCCUACAUGUGAAAUGUAUGGUGCACUGUGAUUCUUUGUGUAUGUUUGCAGAAUAAGGUAUUUAAUUGCAAA